CCGGCGAGGGGCACCGCGCGGCGGGAGCGCGAGCCGAGCGCGCCCGGAGCCGGGGACGCUCGGAGCCCGCGGAGCAGCGGCCCCGGCGCCCCGAGCAGCCGGCCGGCCGCGCGGCGAGGCGCCCCGGCUCCGGGAGGCCGCCCGGAGCCCCGCGCCCCCAUGCGCCGCCGCGCCGCCGCGCCGCCCCGGCCAUGACCCUGAGCGCCGAGAUGUCCGAGGCCGCGGGCCUCGCCGACGAGACGGACAUCGACGUGGUGGGAGAGGGCGAGGACGGCGGCGGCGACGACGACGACGACGACGAGGACGAGGACGAGGGCGGCGGCGGGCCCCGGCCGCCCGGCUCGGCGCGGAGGCGGCGGAGGCGGCGGCGCUCCUACGCCGGGGAGGAUGAGCUGGGGGAGGAGGAGGACGACGACGACGACGAGCUGCUGCUGCCCCCCGGAGCCCCCGCGUCCCCCGCGGCCCCGGGCCCCGCGCCCGCCCCGGGGGCCGGCUCGGCGGGUGGCGGCGGCGCGGGCGCGGGCGCGGGGGGCGGCGGCGGCGCGGGGCCCGCGGGCGGCGCGGCCCGGACGCCGCCGGUGAAGCCGCCCUACUCGUACAUCGCGCUCAUCACCAUGGCCAUCCUGCAGAGCCCCAAGAAGCGCCUGACGCUCAGCGAGAUCUGCGAGUUCAUCAGCGGCCGCUUCCCCUACUACCGGGAGAAGUUCCCCGCCUGGCAGAACAGCAUCCGCCACAACCUGUCGCUCAACGACUGCUUCGUCAAGAUCCCGCGCGAGCCGGGCAACCCGGGCAAGGGCAACUACUGGACGCUCGACCCCGAGUCCGCCGACAUGUUCGACAACGGCAGCUUCCUGCGGCGCCGCAAGCGCUUCAAGCGCCAGCCGCUGCUCGCGCCCCACGCGGCCGCCGAGGCGCUGCUUCUGCGGGCCGCGGGGCCCCCCGGCGGCGCGGCGGACCCGGGCGCCGCGCUCUUCCCGCCGCCGCCGCCGCCGCCGCCCGCCUGCGGCUACGCGGCCUACGGCUGCGCCUACGGCCUGCAGCUGCCGCCCUGCGCGCCGCCCUCCGCGCUCUUCGCCGCCGCCUUCCCCCCGCCCCCGCCCCCGCCCGGGGCGGCCGCCGAGCUGGCGCGCACCGCCUUCGGCUACCGGCCCCCCGCGCUCGGCGCCGCCCUGCCGGGCCCGCUGCGGGCGGCCGCGCUCAAGGCCGGGGGGCCCGGCGCCGCCGCGGCGCUGGCGCGCUCGCCCUUCUCCAUCGAGAGCCUCAUCGGCCGCGCGCGGGGCCCCGCGGCCGCCGGCCCGCACGCGUCUCCCGGGGCCGCGCCGGGGCCCGGGGGCGGCGGCUGCGCGGCGCAGGCGGCGGCGGGCCCGGCCGCCGCGCUCACCCGCUCGCUCGUGGUGGCCGCCGCGGCCGCCGCCUCGUCCGUGUCGUCGUCCGCCGCGCUGGGGACCCUGCACCCGGGGAGCGCGCUGUCCGGCGUGGAGAGCUUCACCGCCCGGAUCUCCAACGGCUAGCGGCGCCGGGAGCGCGCGGCCGAGAGCGCGAAGGUAGGACCCCCGGCUCCCUUCCGCGCACCGACGGGGGGUUGUUGGUUCGGGCGCCCCUCCCGGCCCUCGGCGACCUCGCGCCCCCGGUCGGCCGCCCUGGAUCUCUCGGACCGGACUGUGCCGGGCGGGCGACAGCCGGGGCGCCGCGCUCUGUGGCUCAGCGGGUCCGUCUAUUUAUGCAAAAUCGCCCUAUGCUGCAACCCUGACUUGGGUGGGGAGGAGAGGGUGCCGGGGAGAGUCGCCCUGUCUCGGCACUGGGGGCCUCUUUGACUUUUGACAAAUUGAGAAAAAACAAAACAACCAACCAAACCCAUCAAAACUAAGCCUUUUUGAGGUAUAGAGAGUCUCAGGUCCGGGCGUUAAAAACAAAAACAAACAAGCAAUAAAACAGAACAGUAAUGUUGAAAUGAAGCUGGUGCAGAACCGGUGAAGGUCUCCAAGAAAUGCCUUUAUUUGCUCACACUUGUUUGGUGUACUUUUUCACGGAAAGGAAAAAAAAAGAUAAACGUGUUUACACAAGAAACAAGUCAGAAUUAUCAUUUCUUGUUUUAGCCUGUGUUUUGUAUUAUUAUAGACAUGCGGAAUUUUAUUUUGUACUUGCUGCGUAUUCUUUACAAGGAGCAUUGUAAAUUUUACUGGCAAUUAUUAUUGUACUAUUCUAAUGUAAGAUUUUUUUACACUUUUUUCAGAAAUAAAAUGCUUAAUUUUCAAAGAAAAGCCAC